AUGGCGCCCAGCUCGAAAUCGGAGCGGAACAGCGGGGCCGGGAGUGGCGGCGGCGGCACCGGGGGCGCCGGGGGGAAGCGGACGGCGGGGCGGCGGCGGGAGCACGUACUCAAGCAGCUGGAGCGAGUCAAGAUCAGCGGGCAGCUCUCCCCUCGACUCUUCCGGAAGCUGCCACCCAGGGUCUGUGUCUCCCUUAAGAGCAUCGUGGACGAGGACUUCCUCUAUGCAGGACACAUCUUCCUGGGCUUUUCCAAGUGCGGCCGGUACGUGCUCUCCUACACCAGCAGCAGCGGGGACGAUGACUUCUCCUUCUACAUCUACCACCUGUACUGGUGGGAGUUCAACGUGCACAGCAAGCUCAAGCUGAUCCGGCAGGUGCGGCUCUUCCAGGACGAGGAGAUCUACAGUGACCUGUACCUGACUGUGUGUGAGUGGCCCAGCGAUGCCUCCAAGGUCAUCGUCUUUGGCUUCAACACCCGUUCGGCAAACGGGAUGCUCAUGAACAUGAUGAUGAUGAGUGACGAGAACCACCGAGACAUCUACAUCAGCACCGUGGCUGUGCCACCGUCCGGCCACUGCGCCGCCUGCCGGGAAGCCAGCCGGGCCCAUCCAGGUGACCCCAGCGCGCAGUGCCUGCGACAUGGCUUCAUGCUGCACACCAAGUACCAGGUGGUGUACCCCUUCCCCACCUUCCAGCCCGCCUUUCAGCUCAAGAAGGACCAGGUGGUUCUGCUCAACACCAGCUACUCCCUGGUGGCUUGUGCUGUCUCAGUCCACUCGGCAGGCGAUAGCAGCGACUGCCAAGUCCUGUAUGACCAUACCGCCUACCCCCAGGCCCCUCCCAGCCCCCCUGGGCCCCAGAGCCCAGAGGUGCCCUUGGCCCUCCCCAGCCUCUGUCCCGAAGUGGCCUCCGCCCGUCCCUCUGGGGUCCCUGAGCCCUCACCCGCCAUCGCCAAAGCCAAGGAGUUUGUGGCCGACAUCUUCCGCAGGGCCAAAGAGGCCAAGGGUGGGACCCCAGAGGAAGCUCAGCCUCCCUCCCACACGGGGCCCUCCGGCAGCUGCUGCCGCCCAUCCUCUGAGCCGGUAGCCCCAGGUGCAGAGGUAGCGCCCCAGGACAGCCCCCCUGCAGCCGAGGAGCCAGCCCCCGAGCCUGGCUACGUCAACUACACGAAGCUGUAUUACGUGCUGGGGUCCGGCGAAGGGACCGAGCCAGAGGAUGAGUUCGAGGAUGACAAGAUCUCCCUGCCGUUUGUGGUGACCGAUCUGCGUGGCCGAAGUCUGAGGCCCAUGCGGGAACGGGCUUCCGUACAGGGUCAGUACCUGACAGUGGAGCAGCUCACGCUGGACUUUGAGUAUGUCAUCAACGAAGUCAUCCGCCAUGAUGCCACCUGGGGCCAUCAGUUCUGUUCCUUCAGCGACUAUGACAUCGUCAUCCUGGAGGUCUGCCCAGAAACCAACCAGGUCCUGAUCAACAUUGGCCUGCUGCUCCUGGCAUUCCCAUCCCCAACUGAGGAAGGCCAGCUCCGACCAAAGACCUACCAUACCAGCCUCAAGGUGGCCUGGGACCUCAACACGGGCAUCUUUGUGACAGUCAGCGUGGGCGAUCUCACUGAAGUCAAAGGGCAGACCAGCGGCAGUGUCUGGAGCUCAUACCGCAAGAGUUGUGUGGACAUGGUCAUGAAGUGGCUGGUGCCCGAGAGCAGCGGCCGCUACGUCAACAGGAUGACUAAUGAGGCGUUGCACAAAGGGUGCUCCCUGAAGGUUCUGGCAGACAGCGAGCGAUACACAUGGAUUGUGCUGUGA